AUGAGACACGCCUCCUUCUCUGCAAAGACACGCCUCCUCGCCCGUAGACCUGGAUCUACACAAACAUGUGGACGCACCCACACACACACACACACACACACACACACACACACACACACACGCACGUUAUUAAGUGGUUGUGUGUUUCAGGUGACCUCUCUGCGGGUGCUGAACACGACGACCUUCACCCACUACCCCAACCCGACCUUCGAAACCCUGGGCACCUCUGGGAUCCUGGAGGUCAAACCAGCUCCCCAUCAUCCUCAAGGGGAAGAACCUGAUUCCUCCCGCCCUGGCAACAGCCGCCUUAACUACAGCGUCCUGAUUGGAGAGACGCCCUGUCUGUUAACUGUCUCAGAGAACCAGCUCCUCUGUGAUUCGCCAGAUCUGACAGGGGAACAGAGAGUCCUGAUCCUGGUGGGGGGUCUGGAGUACUCCCCCGGGACCCUCCACAUCUACUCGGACUCCGCCCUCACGCUGCCCGCCAUCGUGGGCAUCGGAGGGGGCGGCGGCCUGCUGCUGCUGGUCAUCAUCGCCGUGCUCAUCGCCUACAAGAGGAAGACGCGCGACGCCGACCGCACCCUGAAGCGCCUGCAGCUGCAGAUGGACAACCUGGAGUCACGCGUCGCCCUGGAGUGCAAAGAGGCGUUCGCCGAGCUGCAGACUGACAUCCAGGAGCUGACCAACAUGGACGGCGUGAAGAUCCCCUUCCUGGAGUACCGGUCCUACACCAUGAGGGUCAUGUUCCCCGGGAUCGAGGAGCACCCCGUGCUCAAGGAGCUGGACUCCCCGGCCAACGUGGAGAAGGCCCUGCGGCAGUUCUCCCAGCUGCUCAACAACAAGGUGUUCCUGCUCACCUUCAUCCACACCCUGGAGGAGCAGCGCUCCUUCUCCAUGAGGGACCGCGGCAACGUGGCCUCGCUGCUCAUGGCCGCCCUGCAGGGCCGUAUGGAGUACGCUACGGUGGUGCUGAAGCAGCUGCUGGCCGAUCUCAUCGAGAAGAACCUGGAGAACCGAAACCACCCCAAACUACUGCUGAGGAGGACUGAGUCUGUUGCUGAGAAGAUGCUAACUAACUGGUUUACUUUCCUGCUGCAUCGUUUCCUAAAGGAGUGUGCGGGGGAGCCUCUCUUCAUGCUGUACUGCGCCAUCAAGCAGCAGAUGGAGAAGGGCCCCAUCGACGCCAUCACCGGGGAGGCCCGCUACUCGCUGAGCGAGGACAAGCUCAUCAGACAGCAGAUAGACUACAAGACACUGACCCUGAUGUGCGUGCCCCCAGAGGGCGAGGCGGGGACGGAGGUGCCGGUGAAGGUGCUGAACUGCGACACGGUGACGCAGGUGAAGGACAAGCUGCUGGACUCGGUCUACAAAGGAAUCCCCUUCAGCCAGAGGCCACAGGCGGACGACAUGGACCUGGAGUGGAGACAGGGCAGGCUGACCAGGAUCAUCCUGCAGGAUGAAGACGUCACCACCAAGAUAGAGAGCGACUGGAAGAGACUCAACUCACUGGCUCACUACCAGGUGACGGAUGGCUCCCUGGUGGCGCUGGUGCAGAAGCAGGUGUCUGCGUACAACAUCGCCAACUCCUUCACCUUCACCCGGUCCCUCAGCCGAUACGAGUCAUUGCUGCGGACCUCGAGCAGUCCUGACAGUCUGAGAUCCAGAGCUCCCAUGAUUACCCCCGACCAAGAGACAGGUACCAAGCUGUGGCACCUGGUGAAGAAUCAUGAGCACAGCGACCAGCGAGAAGGAGACCGAGGGAGCAAGAUGGUGUCCGAGAUCUACCUGACCAGACUGCUGGCCACCAAGGGGACGCUACAAAAGUUUGUGGACGACCUGUUUGAGACGGUGUUUAGCACCGCCCACCGUGGAUCCGCGCUCCCAUUGGCCAUCAAGUACAUGUUCGACUUCCUGGAUGAACAGGCGGACAAGAGGCAGAUCACGGACCCGGACGUGCGACACACCUGGAAGAGCAACUGCCUGCCCCUGAGGUUCUGGGUGAACGUCAUCAAGAACCCCCAGUUCGUGUUCGACAUCCACAAGAGCAGCAUCACGGACGCCUGCCUCUCGGUGGUGGCCCAGACCUUCAUGGACUCCUGCUCCACCUCCGAGCACCGCCUGGGCAAGGACUCGCCCUCCAACAAGCUGCUCUACGCCAAGGACAUCCCCAACUACAAGAGCUGGGUGGAGAGGUACUACCGGGACAUCUCCAAGCUGCCCAGCAUCAGUGAUCAGGACAUGGACGCUUACCUGGUGGAGCAGUCACGUCUCCAUGGCAACGAGUUCAACACACUGAGCGCGCUCAGUGAGCUCUACUUCUACAUCAACAAGUACAAGGAGGAGAUCGUGACGGCCCUGGACCGGGACUCUUACUGCCGCAAACACAAGUUGAGACACAAGCUGGAGCAAGCCAUCAACCUGAUGUCAGGGAACAGCUGAGGGGAGGAGCAGGAGGAGCAGAGGGAGCAGGUGGAGCAGGUGGAGGAGGAGGAGGAGGAGGAGGAGUGAAGCCGAGCGAGGGGCAGUGUCAGACUAUUGAUCACUGAUGGAGGAAUCGAUUGAUCCCAGCCACUCGGGAUCAAAGCAUACAGCCUGUUGUUGUUGUUUUUAUUUUGUGUUGCCAUGGCAACACCGCGGAGCCGCGUUGCCGCGGAGACCCCGGGAACCGGGCUUGAAGACUUGAGGGAGGAGUCGGAUGAUCCAACGUCGAGCAGCCAAUCAGAUUCUUCUGCGGUUCAUCGGUUGGACGGCACUGGAGUCUGAGCCUCGUUCUCCUGAGGUUCUCCUGAGGUUCUCCUGAGGUUCUCCUGAGGUUCAGGAGGACUUCUAGAGGUUCUAACAGAGUUGUCAAGGAGCUCUAGAGGUUCUAAAGGAGUUCUAUAUCUCUGUGUUCCUCUGUGUUGAAGCGUCUCAACACUGAACAAUCAUUCACACUGAGCCUCAAUGCUUAGCAACAGACCUAUACCUGUGGCCAUACUCCCCUCCUCUCUCCUCUCCUCUCCUCCCCCUCUCCUCUCCCUCCUCUCCUCCCCUUCCUCUCCUCCUCCCCUCUCCUCCUCUUCUCUCUCCUCUCCUCUCUCCUCAUCCCUAUCCUCCUACUCCCUUCUCCUCUUCUCUCCCCUCUGCUCCUCUCCUCUCUCCUAUCUCCUCUCCUCCUCUCCUUCUCCUCUCUUCAUCCCACCCCUCUUCCUACCACCUGACCUCAACCCUGCCCUGUCAUUGGUCAGUCCAAAUGGCCGCUGGCCUGUGAUUGGCCAGACAGACUAUUUAGUAACUUACUGCCGACCACUGAAGACUGUGGAGACCGGAGAGGAAGAACCGAUACAUUCCAACACUCUCACGUUGUCAUGGAAACGUGAUCAGAAACGCUUGAUUAUUAUCGUCAACUGAAUACACACACACAUACACACACACCCACCCCCACACACACACAUUCACGCAAACACACACACACACACAUACACACUCACAUACACACACACACACAUACACACUCACACACACACACACAGUGCCAUGCUUGGGGGAUAUACUGUGCAGAGCUACAGUGCCAUGUAAAGCCCGGAGCCAGAUCUGGACGGAGCUGGACCGGACUUGGACCAAAACACAUCAAAACCCGGACUGGAGUCAUCCGGACUGAACACAAGACUCUGUUUUAGGACUUGUGGCCAUAAUUGUAAAAUAGUGAAAUAAUGCUGAUGAAAUAUAGAAGGAUUAUUAAUGUGUAAUAAGAACUUUGUGGAUUUUAAGAAACAUACAAGGCUACUGUGUGGAGUGGACAAAACCAGGACCAGAACCCAGGGUUAGAGACCACAGACGGUCCGGACCGGCAUGGACCGGACAGGACUCAUCAGCUCCUGGCCAGGAGCUAGGGGCUAGGAGCUAGGGUCCAGGAGCUAGGAGCUAGAGGCCAGGUCUGGGGUUAGGGUCCUGGGAGCAGCUGUGUGCGGUCCGUCGAGGGGGGUUGGGUGGGGGGGGGGGGAGGGGGUACAGGGAGCAACACCACUAUCAUAUCAUCUUCACUCACACACAGUGUGUGUGUGUGUGUGUGUGUGUGUGUGUGUGUGUGUGUGUGUGUGUGUGUGUGUGUGUGAGGGUGUGUGUGUCUGUGUGUCUGUAACAGGUGUUUAAUAUUAAGAAAGAGAUAGUAGAUAUAAUUUAUGGAUCAGAGCAAUAAACUCUAAACUUAAAGCCAUCAGCUACCCUGACCUCCCUGUCUCCCCCAACUUGUCUCCCCCAGCCUGUCUCACCCGCUGGUACACAGUACUACAGCGGUAGGGGGGAGAGAGGGAGAGAAAGGGAGGAGAAGAAGGGGUGAGGAAAGAGAGGAAGAAGAGCGAUAAGGAAAAGAAUGAAAGAAUUAUGUGAAGCAGGGAUGGCUAUAGUAGCAAACACUGUCUUUGUGUGUGUGUGUGUGUGUGUUUUGUGUAUGACUGAACUAUGCUCCCCAUGACACACACACACACACACACACACACAAUCAGACGUCAUCGACAUGAUCCAACACACACACACACAUACUGGGAGGAUUGGAGGCUGAGACACACACAUGCUGAAACGCACACACACAGUCAGGUGGUUCCAUGUAUUUAUUGAUAUUUAUUUGAUCAUAUUUAUUGUGCCAGGUGAACAUGCUUUUAUUAGUUUGUAAAAUAACCAAAAGCCUUCAACAUUCAGUACAUCUCUUUCUCUCUCGCUCUCUCUCUCUCUCUCUCUCUCUCUCUCUCUCUCUCUCUCUUUCACACCAUGCCUGAACACAUUCACACUCGACUCUCCAUGAAGUUCUGGGUCCAUCGCCUUGUUUUGUUUCCUGAGUUGUGAUGUAUUGCUGAUGAUAUUUCAUGUAACUGUCUGUUUUUCUACCAUUGCCAUUGCCUUCUGCUCAGUUUGUAUAGUUGUGUGAUUUCACUAAAGUGUCGGAAACAC